AAUUUGAAGGCUACCUCACAGCACUUCCGGCUUUUACCUCCUUGUUCCGGUUAGCUUAAUUUAACGGGAUGACGUAGCCGUUAGCUCCCGGUAUAAACACGGGUGGUCCUGUCCCCCCUCCAUCUAAUGAGCCGCUUUCAGCGUCCUUACAGCGGACAAACUCAACUCUUUUGUGUCCGGACGGACUCCGCGGAUACAAACCGACCCGGUUCUAACUGCAGCUUUGCUUGCGUGAUAGGAGCAGUUUUCCUUUGAGCCACGCAGAUAACGUCACCGGGCGUGUUGCCCGUGACAUUAAUAGCAGCGAUUAACGGUCACACCCCCGCCUGUGGUCCGGCACGGCAGCGGUCCUGACACGCUGCUUUAAAUCUGCGGGUCUUUACGGGGAAAAGAGGCAUCAUGAAGUUCCGGUGGAGCCUACCGCGGUGCUCCGACACGCUGAGGUAACCGGAGCGGGACGGGACUGCCUCGCACAUACACGCCAGACAGCAGCAACCUGUUGCCGGUUGCCGCUGACGCAGAGAGGAUGAGAGGCGCCGCCGGACUGCCGGUGCUGCUGCUGCUGCUCAGCGGCCGUGCUGCGUUCACGGUGGGCAGGUCCCUGAACGCAGCGCAGGAUGGAGCUGUGGCUCUGGACGGACAGGAGAGUGUGACCGCGGCCAUGACAGGUGUGGACAAACGGAGACGUCCCUUCCUGGGGAAAACGCGUCCCUUCAUCCUGGUGGACGGACGGAGACGGAGCCUCGCUGAAGCGUUACAGGACGGACACCCGGACAGGCUGCAGUGUGGGCUGGAGGUGGGAGGAAGACUCUUCCUGCUGGACCUGGAGAAGAACCACGACCUGCUGCCCAAACCCCCCAACGUCUUCUACUACCUCCCCGACGGAACCGGAGUGUCUGUGACGGCCAACCCUGUGACUCACUGUUAUUACCAUGGCAACGUCAGAGGAUUCCCGCAGUCCAGAGUGGCUCUGAGCACCUGCUCCGGACUCCGCGGCAUCAUCGUCCUCAACUCCACCCUGAGCAUCGAGCUGCAGCCGCAUGACGAGUACCAUCUCCUCCACCAGGAGGAGGAGGGGGGAGUUGAGAGUGGAGGAAGUGGAGGAGGUGAUGAUGAGGAAGGAGUGCACCUGCUGUUCUCCACCAGCCCUCUGGGUGGCGACGGUGCUGGAGGCUGUGGGGUGUCACACACCGCCGUGCCUCCCAUCUACAGCUCCACGCACACACACCGGACCAAGAGAGACAUCCUGUCUGAGACCAAGUACAUCGAGCUGGUGCUGGUGGCCGAUCACCAGGAGUUUCUGAACUACCAGAAGAACAACAAGACCAUCAUCUACCGCAUGCUGGACGUGGCCAACCAGGUGGACUGGUUCUACCGUCCUCUGAAUGUCCGGGUGGCGCUGACCGGUCUGGAGAUCUGGAGCGACCGCGACAAGAUCCACGUGGAGAAGAGCCCCACCGGCACCCUCAACAACUUCCUGGAGUGGAGAACCAGAGACCUGCUGCCACGCCUUCGCCAUGACAACGCCCAGCUCAUCAUGGGGGAGUCUUUUGAUGGCACCACGGUGGGAAUGGCGUCUCAGUCGUCCAUGUGCUCCAGAGACCGGUCAGGAGGCGUCAACGUGGACCACCUGGUCAGCGUUUUGGGCGUGGCCUCCACCAUGGCUCAUGAGCUGGGUCACAACCUGGGGAUGCGUCACGACACCGCCGAGCGCCGCUGCUCCUGCCAGAGCGAGCCACGCCUCGGAGGAUGCAUCAUGGAGCCGUCAACCGGGAAAAGCUCAGAUCAGAGAAGAACCAUCUGUUACUGUUGGGUUAAGAUCUGUAGAUCUUCCAGGUUCAUGCCCGGGCAGCAGUUCAGCAGCUGCAGCGCUGCAGACCUGUCCGUCAGCCUGCUGCACGGCGGCGGCAUGUGUCUGUUCAACGUCCCGCAGCCCGACCGCCUGCUGGGAGGACCUCGCUGUGGAAACCUGUACGUGGAGAAAGGAGAGGAGUGCGACUGCGGCCUGCUGGAGGAGUGUGAGGACCCCUGCUGUAACGCCUCCACCUGUCAGCUGGUUCCUGGAGCUCAGUGCUCGUCUGACGGCAUCUGCUGCCGGGACUGUAAGCUGCGAGCGGCCGGUUCAAUCUGCCGCGAGCCGCUCGGCGAGUGCGACCUGCCCGAGUUCUGUACGGGCACCUCGCCCUACUGCCCCCCCAACGUCUUCCUGCAGAACGGAGAGACCUGCAAGGACGGCGCCUCCUUCUGCUACGGAGGAGUCUGCCCAAACAUGGACACCCAGUGCCAGAUGCUGUGGGGACCCAAUGCCACCAGUGCUCCAGAUGUUUGUUUCUCUUCGGUCAACAAACAAGGAAACAAAUAUGGAAACUGCGGUCAGCUGACCAACGGCUCCUACAUCCCCUGUGGGAACUCUGAUGUCCACUGUGGGAGGAUCCAGUGUCAGGGCGGGAGGGAGCGCCCCCUGCUGGGCAGCAACGCUCAGAUCCUCACCACCACCGUCCGCUUCAACGUCAGCGACCUGGUCUGCAGAGGGACCUUCUUCCACCUGGCCGACGACGUGUCCGACCCCGCCACUGUGGCCCAGGGCACCGCCUGCGGGCCCGGCAAGGCUUGUCUGAACCAGAAGUGUCAGGAUGUGUCGGUGUUCGGUGUGGACGAAUGUCGCAGCAAAUGCAACGGUCACGGGGUGUGUAACAGCAACAGGAACUGUCACUGUGACGUGGGCUGGGCUCCCCCGGACUGCCGGUACGCGGGUCACGGUGGCAGCGUGGACAGCGGACCGGCCCGAACCGCUGGAGAAACGGAUCCGGUCCGAGUCGCCCUGCUCGUCAUCUUCUUCUUCAUCCUGCCCGUAGUGCUCCUCUUCCUCGCUCUGCGCUUCCCUCGUUUCCGUCGGACUCUGUGCUGUCUGGGACCGAACAGCCCGUUUCACAAAGCUCGACAGAACAACCGGACUCCGGUGAUGGAGCGAGUGGAUGGCAGGAACGGAGAGCAGGUCCGACCUCUCCGAUACCACCUGAACCCCCAGGCCGACAUCCCGCUGGCCCAGCCCCAGAAAGAGGUUCAUGACAGACCUGCUCCUCCCACUAAGCCCCUCCCCCCUGACCCCGCCCUAAAACCCCCACCGCAGUUGGUUAAACAGCGACCAGCUCCCCCCACCAAGCCUCUGCCCCCUGACCCCCCCACCCCCAGCAACCAGGAGGCAGUGAGUCGACCGGCUCCGCCCAGCAAGCCUCUCCCCCCUGACCCCAUCACACCUCCACAGGUUUCUGUUCCACUUAAACCUUUGGUGCCCAAAAAGCCCCGCCCUCCGGCCCCACCCCCUCACCCUCACCUGCCGCCGCACCCCGGCCUCCCCCCACACACCAGCUACACGCCCAACACCAAACCAGCGCCGCACGGAGCCGUCGCACCGGCAGCCGGUCCACACAGACGACCUCCUCUUUGUCCGAGUCGACCGGCGGUCCCUCCAAAGGUCGAGUCAUCUCCUCCACUUUAACCUCACAUGACCUGUUUUAGGACUGAGGAUGGAGGCGAUGAAGAUGACUUCUUUUUUUAUCCAUUUUGCACUCACUUGUUGGAUUUAAUCCUCCACGAAGUAAAACUGUAGAAUAUAAAUGUGACUGUGUCUCAGUGCCUUGCUCAGCAGCGCCUCGGUAGAGAGGAUGCAAACACCUGGUGGUCCUGGUGCGCUCCCUGCUGAACCACAGGGUUCAGUGCCUUGCUCCAGGAAACACGGGGAAGCGAUCAAACCCGCAUCAAGCUAAUGUGGAUGAGCAGAGUGGUUUCCAAACUGUGGUUCGGGGCCCUGUGAGGGUCGCAGAGGAAGAAAUAUGGCAUCUUUUUUAUUUUGUUUAUAAAAUUACAAUGUGGGACGUUUUAUGGAAGCUGAGGUUCAGGUGGACGAUCUGAGGUUGAUCUUCAUCAUCAACUGCAGCUGAUGGACUUCUUCAUCAUUUAUCACCCAGGACUGAAUCCUCCUCAUCAUCAGACGAUCUGCUACAAUCGACUCCAUAAACAUUCACGCAGACGCCUCGAAGGAAAAGCUGUUCUGAGGUUGAUGAUGAAAGUCGUGACUUUGGGGGAAGAAGUCGUUUUCAGAGAUCAGCUGUCUACAGUAAACAUUAAUAUUUUAAUAUUCAGAG